AUGAUCCACCCAGCGCCUGCCGACAUCCCUGAAGUGCUUCAUAGAACUCCUCUGUCGGCUUCACCUAUCGGGUAUUCUAGAGUUCGAAUCUGGAGCUUAAAACUUCAUCACGUUUGGAGGGCAGCCAACAUCAGCAACCGUGGAGCGCAGUACUCUGUCGAACGUCUGCUUGCUCUGGAUGAGUACACUCGAAACACAUCGCUCUCACGAGUUGUAUUCGUGAUUCUCGGAUCGUUCCUGCCUGCGGAGAUACUAAUCAUCUGCCAGGAAGCCGUGCCUCUCCAAGAUCCGGCACUGGGAUGGAGAGCGAAUUACGGCUUCUGGGUCCGUCUACCAAUUGUGAUCGCAGCCGUGCUGCACACCGUCCUGGUUCAAGGAAGAUAUUUCCUCAAGAGUUUCGUAAUAUCUCGGCGUCAAUUGAUCCUGCUGAUUUCAAUGUCCGUGACGGGGCAGAUGCUUGUCGCCAUGAUUUUUGCUGCAAACCUCUGGUUCCCGAUCCCGUUCAUUGUCAUCACCUUGGUCCCUGGUUUCUACAUUUUAUCAACGGGGUCCACUUGUUUAGUGGCAGGAAUGCCCAUAAUUCGCAAGGUUCUGAAAAACAAGGAGCGCCUUGCGCGAUUUGGCUGCUUUAUAGCUGCUCAACAACUCAUGGCACUUGUCUACCCAGCUUACCAAGUAUUAUUCCACGCCACCCACGAUACGCGCUAUGGGCUUUUGGUAAUUCUUCUUCUCCCCAUCAUUAAAAUUGUUAUGAAGAAUAUCGCGUUGCGAUGCGUGGCCCACAUGGAGGAUAUGAUGCCAGAAGCGGUCAUUUUCACCGUUGAUUUCUUCAACGCACUGUACAUGGCAACCUGUAUGAAAAGCACGACGUCGACGUCCACCGUCGUAAUUAUCGUGCUGGUGGAUAUUGCUCAAUCCGCUACGGUACUAUUUGGCUUGAGCCGACGAACUGCGUCAUUUUUGAGACGGGUGAACGAGGCCUCAGCAGCGUUGGGCAUGGCAGAUAAUUUACUUGAAGCUGCCACUCAACUUUGUAGAAGCGCAGAUACUUUUGGGGAGCAAAAUUGCCAGCGAAUACGGCUCUGUAUUCGAAUUCAAUCCUGCAUUUCGCACUGCGUCUCGGCAGACGUUCGCGAAUUGCUUCAACGGCUGCAGAUGACCGCUCGUACUGGAUCACACCACGUAAACAGGCACCGCUCUGCCCCUGUUAACCGAAUCGAACUAAUCCAAUGGCGUCGCAUUCAUAAAGUUGCCACCUGGACUCAGCAUCAUGACCGGAACAUUAUUUUUCCGGCCCAGAUAAUUAAUCCUAGGGGAUCAGAUAAGCCAGACUACUCUCCGAAACAGCGCGACUGCACGGUAACACACCCGCAUAUUUUACGUGAAGCACUGGAGGUGUUAUUUACAACAGAGUGCCUUCUCCUCAGCGCAUUCCUUGAUGCAUUUGUACCCCUGUUUUACGGGAUCUUCAUGGUCGUAAUGAUUCAUCUUCAGAGCGCUGAGUACCAUUUCGAGCUGGUCGGCGUCACGACUGAAACGAUUGGCGACGUGGUUGACUCCAUCUUUGUCUUCUCGAUCGUGGAAUUGAUCUCAUUUGGACUCCUGGUUGCAGUGAUAUACCGAAAUCUACGGAUCAACGCGUUGUAUCACUUGGCGUUUGUUCUUGAAACCCAGUCGGAGCUAAUUCAGAGCAAGUUGCUGGCUUGGGUUACGAUGACGCUGGCAUUCCGUGUGGUGCACUUUGGUACGCCAGCUUUUUUUUGCUUUGUUUGCUAA